AUGGCUCAUCACGGCUUUCGCCUGAGCCUGCCCUGUCCCUCCCUCCGCAGGCCCAGCCCGGGAGAGCACAUGGCCGCCAUUUCCCGCACCCCCCCCCCCGCACCAAGCGGUCUCUCCAGAGCCCAGCUGGCGGCCGCGGGCUGGAGCUGGUGGGCCAGGAGCGACCAUUCCCGGGGGGGGGGGAAGGAUGAGGGGCAGCCACACGCUUACUUGUUUGGCAGCGGCGGCACGAGAGACGGGCCUCGGACGUGCGCUCGGGAUGGCAGCACAGCAGCGAAAAGGAAGGGGCGGUGCUUCGGCAACGGCUUCUUCCCGUCACACCGCAACAACGGGCGCUGUCAUUGGACCGACCCGAAGAGGAGCGGACAGACUAAUGGGGAGCCACGCGCUUUGCUGCUGCCACCCAGCCGCCUGCCCCUUGUUCCGCUGCACCCGGCACCUCCUCCGGCUCGUCCCGCCCAGGCAUUGCGGAUCAACGGCAAACUUUGCAGGAAGUGCCUGGGCUGGGCCGGCCCGAGUCAAACCGAGCACGGCCGGGGCUGCCGGGACCCACGGUCUGUGUGCAGGGACCGGGGGCGCAGGGGUGAGACAAGCGUGGCCGUGCUCCGCAGGGCACGGUGUGCCUGGCGGCUCGGCUGUAGCUCCUGCCGGGGGUCCCCGGCGCUGAGCCUGGGGCCCGGCGGGGUGCGGGGUAACGGGGGCAGAACCAUCUUUCCUCCUCCUCCUUGUCCCGCUGCAUUGUGGUGCUGCUGGUGCCUGCCUGCCUGGCAAGUCAGAGCAUGUCCGGACCCUGUGGACCAGCUGCAGAAGAUGGCAGAGCUGCUGGGGCUCAGAGACGAGUGCAGGGAGGGGGCUUUGGGAGCUCCUGCACUGGCUGCCUCCUGCCUUGCAGGCAACAGGCUGAACCUGGAUGUGUAUCUUGACGGCUGCCGAAGGUUCCUCCAGCUGUUUGAGGGGCGACAGGGAGAGGUGCUCCAGGUGGAGUUCCUCCGGCUCAGCAGCAAUGAUCGCCUCCUUGGCACCACACUAGACAUCCUUCCUCAUCUGAAGCACCUGAAAUCCCUGAUGAUCAAAGGUGGCCAUGCCAGGGAUGAGUUUGGUUCAUGCCAGCCUGGCUCUCUGACAAGCUUACCAGCAGAUGUGGGUAACCUGAAGUGUCUCACCCACCUGGAUCUCACUUUCAAUAGCCUGUCCACCUUGCCCAGCUGCAUCCUUCAUCUCUCCAGCCUUCGUGUGCUCCUGGUGAGCCACAACAGACUUGUGGCACUCCCUGAGGACUUUGGUUCUCUGAGCAAGCUGACUUUCUUCUCUGCUAUGAAAAAUCAGCUGAAGGACUUACCUCGGAGCAUUGGGGACCUAGCAAUGCUGCAGGACCUGGAUCUCUCUGAAAAUGCUUUGGAAUUCAUCCCUGAAGAAGUGGGGAAUCUGCAUAACUGCACAGAGCUGGAUCUCUCCGGGAAUUGCUUAUCAACCAUCCCAGACUCCUUAGCCAAUUUGAAGUGUCUGCGGCAGCUGCACCUCCACAGCAAUCUCCUGGUGACUGUCCCUGCCUCGCUUGCCAGCCUGCCCAACUUGUCCACACUUGAUCUGCAGAAUAAUUGCCUCCGUGCUGUCCCCCCUGAGAUCCAGACAUCGCCAUUUGUGCGCCUCCGAGGCAAUCCCUUAGGAGAAACUGAGCCAUCCCCACAGGCUGAUGAAUCCAGUGCUGGAAGACUAAGAAGACUCUUCCUUGCAUCAGGCGAGGAUAGCUUUACUGUCACCUCUGAAGGCUGCAAAGUGAUCCUGGCCUGUGGCAUCCGUUUCUACUUUCCACCGGGGGCUGCCUCUGACCCUCUGCAGAUCUACUUCCGAACUCUUGCACCGGACCCUCACUGUGUAAAGCUGCGACACCAUGAUGUCCUGCUGAGUAGAGUCCUGGAGCUGCAGCCUCAUGGAGUCCAAUUCCAGCAGGAGGUGCAGAUCUCGAUGCCAUAUGCCUCCCCUCAAACCCUUCACCAGCACGAGGUGGUAGUGCGAACCUUCAGUGGGCAGAGCUGGAGUGAUUUGAGAACAAGAGUGGAGCAGAAGAGAAAAUCAAAGAAGCAUGUGGCUCACUGCAGUGUCCUUCACUUCUCCUGGUUCCUUGUUGUGUCUCGACUUGUGCAAAAUGAAUGUAAAGUGCCAACAGAGGGGACACUGCUCUUUUCCAGUGUGGAUCCAAACAUCAAAGUGACCUUUCCUCCUGGAGUCACCGAACAAACUCGCACUGUCAAGAUGCAGGUGCUGCCAGUGUCUGCAGGAGAGCUAGAGGAAAUCACAGCCGAUGCAGGGUGCAGAGCCAGUCCCCUGCUCUGCCUCUCCCAGGACUCCCUGGUGGACUUUCUCAGGCCAGUAAGAAUUCAGCUGCCCCUUCCACCCGGGGUCACAGGCAUAAAUUUGGAUCAGUCAAGGCUACAUCUUCUUCAUGGUGACCUGGAGGGCCAAACCUGGGAUGACAUCACCAGUCAGGUGGUGCUGGAAUUUACCCAUAUUUAUGCAGUGUUUGAAGUCACCCACUUCUCCUGGUAUUGGCUGUGGUACACCACCAAGACCUACAUUGGAGGCAUUGCCAAGAAAGUCUAUGAGCGUCUGCGUAUGUACCAGGUGAACUUCAUUGCUCUGCAGAGGAAGAAGGACCCGGAGCAAGUCCUGCUACAGUGCGUCCCCAAGCAUAAGGUUGACCCGGUGCUGAAGAAGCUGCAAGAUCGCUAUCGAGGACCUGAGCCCUCCGACAUGGUGGAGAUGUUUGAGGGAGAGCAGUUUUUUGCAGCUUUUGAGGGAGGCAUCAGCAUCAGUAUGGAUCGCCCUGACUGUGUGGAUGGACGUCUCUCGUUUACUUUUUACUCCCACUUAAAGAACAUGAAGGAAAUCUAUGUGACUUCCCCUGUGGACAGGAAGGAGCAAGCUGUGAAAGGACAGGUCUCUUUCUACCGAGGGGCAGUUCCUGAGAGCAUCCCAGAAGAGGCCAGCAGGAGGAGGAGAGGACCAGACUCCCUCUGGCUCGUUACUCUGCCCAUCAAACUGCCUCGAUUGAAGCCCCGCUGGGGUGAGAACCCUGCUGCCCUGAAUGGGCUCUCCUUCCCUCCCUUGAACCUGGGCAAUGCUGAGACUGGCUACCUGACACAGGCCAACCUGCUGAGCAUUGCCAGGCGCGUGGGAGCUGACUGGCAGACCAUCGGCCUGAACCUGGGCUUGACCUAUCAGCAGAUUGAGCGCAUAGGAUACAAUCACAGAGAGGACCUUGACAAACAGAUCCUGCACAUGCUUUUCUCAUGGGCUCAGCAAAACUCAGAGGAUCCUGACUGUGUGAGCAAGCUGAUUGCAGCCAUGAAAGAGAGUGGCCGCCAGGACAUCGCUGAUGAGAUUGAAACCAUCAUUGAGCUGGGCCGUCAGAAAUACAGGGAGUCCAUCCGCCGGGUGGGCUUGGAGCAGGACAACAACACUGAGGACUCUGCAAUAGCUAUGGUGUAGCAUCAAGCACAAGGAACUGGGUUUCAUAUGAGGUCCCUCUGUGUAGCUGGAGAGACAAUGUCUUGAGGCUCUUUCCACCUCAAGGGUCAGUGUCUUCGGACAUGGAUUUACUUGUGAGCAGACGACUGAGGUUUCUUGAGUCUAUACUCACAUGCCACUUUGGCCAGUCCCAGGCAGUUUACAGUGGAUUUAUGAGACUUCAAUUCCCUUUCUUGACCCUGAGCUUUAGAUCUCAGAAACAUGGAGAAAUUCAGAGACUGAAGUGUCUGUCAGCUGAGUAGUGGCUAAAGUAGCCAUUAAUGAAUGAAUACUCAUGUUAUGUAUAUCUACAUGUAACUUAUUCCUGAAACUCUGUUCUGCUGGAAACACUGCAUAGGAGUAUUUGGGUCCGUUUGUGCUCUAGUGCUUGGUGGGAAACUGGAGGUGCAGUUGUCUUGUGAGUUGUGGUGCAGUGGAGAUGUUUAGCUAUUUCUGUUAAUGAUAUGUUUUGCUCACACGAAAAUGUGAACUGUAUUCAUCAUGAACAUGUUUUCUGUUUUCUGCCAAAUCUCUUCCAGUUCCCUCAAGCCCAAACCAAGCCCAAAGUAUUAGUGGGGGAAAGAGAAGAAACAAAUUUCUAGCAGAAUCACUCUUGUUUUUUUGUCUUUUUUCCAAAAGCUAUUUUGGGACAAAUAAAACUUCUCAGUGUCUCUAGGCUGCUGCACCUACCAGGCUUUUUAGAUGAGACCUACGCACUGCUGGUCUGUGAGAGAGUUCCAGUUUUAUUCUACGAAUAAGUAAAAAUCCAUCACUCUGCUGUUCUGAGACAGACUCUAAGGUGAAAGGAAAAUUUCCCUUGCUGCUUCAAAGGGAUAUUCCUCAUAUCCUCCCAGUGAACUACACCAGUGUAGUAGUGAAGGCUGGUGGAAAGCAUGACUUAAAUUUGCAUUUUAGAAACUGGUCUGGCCAGCUGGGAAUAGGCACUGUUGUGGGGUUGGCUUUAACAAUGCGGAGCUAAUCUCCCAGUUCUGCAGUCUGAACAAUCUGUAUAAGGCUGGAAGUGUUUAUUGCUUUUAAAUUGCUCAGUCGUUGCCCAUCUCUUCGUGUUCCCCCUAUCAUAAUGGGCCUCAACUAAUGAUUAAUGGGAAAUGUCAUGCAAGCUAUUUGAAAGACUACUGUAAUCUAAGUAACCUCAGCUCUUUCAAGGCAGGUUUGGAUGCAGUGUAGCUCUCUAAACAAUGUUUAAAGGGCUGUUCUCAGUCUGAAAAACAGAAGUCUGCAUAAAAAUACCAGAUUGCAACACCCAGAGCUGCAGGUCUGAAAAGUCUUGGUGUUUUUUUACCCCUAUGAAGAAUCACCGGUGAAUUCCCUGGUGCUGUGUUUCAAGUCUCAUGUGGGUUCAAGUCAGCAGGUCUCAUUUGUAUGUAUGUUUUCUCUGGUAGUACGUGUUACGUGUUCUUGUCUGUAAUUUUGAUGUAUACCAAUAGGUAUUUGUUCUUUUCUCCAGUUUUGGAGAGAUGUAUUUGGGCAUGUUGCUCUCAGUGGGAAUAA